AUAAUUUUAAGUAAAAAAGUUAUUUUUAUAACAAAUAUAAAUUUAAGGACUAAAAGAUAAAAAAAAAUAUAGUCAAAAGCCUAACUGUUCUAUAACAAAAUAGGAAGUUUUCCGUUAUUUUUGACUAAGUAGACGAAAUUGAAAUGAAUAUAAAAGUUAAUAGAUCACUUAGAAAUAAAACAUAGUUUUUAGACUAAAAUGAAAUCAAGGUGAUAGUUAAUAGACUAAAAAUUGAAUUAAGCCCUUGUCAAGAGAUUAUACUGAGAAUUCUGGUUAAUAUCCUUAGCUUUUCUUCUCAGACUCGCAUCGGAUUAAUUGUUGACCAGAAAUACUAAUUCCACAAAAAUCACCUCAGUCUUGGUCUGGAAAAUUUUGCCUCCACAACAAAAUGCCGGAAACAUCAAACAGACCAUCUCCAAUGGGUUUUGGUUAUGCCAUGUUUCUGGGCCCAUUAAACAAGACAAUUCCAAAGAACUGUGAAGAAACAAGAGAAGCCCAGCCCAGAACGAAGCUUCAGAAGUGGGCUAUGUGUUGGCAUUAAUUCGGCGACACAGAAUUAUAUAGAGGUGACCUAUGUCCAUCCCUCCUCUGAAGUGCCGCCCGCCGCUACCAUCCAUGCGUUGAAACAAUGUUACAUUGUGGAGAAAGAAAUUUCCUACUUUAGUGAACUGAAAAUUAGGAAGUCGAAAAAUCAGCAAAUUUGGGUGUUUUAGGAGAAAUCACCAGGGAUUUGGAAAUCAAUGACAGGUAGAAGGAGAAGAAAAGAAUCUUUUUAUUUGUUUUGCAAAGAAAUAAUGGCGGACUUGCUACAUUCAACUCCUUUAAUUAAAGGUUGAUCAAGUC